UAGUACUAUAGUAAUAUAUAGAUCAGACAGGACCUAGUCUGGACGAAUCCUUCACCCUGCCACGUAUUCAUGUAACUCCGGACAGUCCACACGCGGUCAUUUCUUGUAUAUUGUACAAGCAACACCAACACAGCCAUGGUACAUAAGGGAGGAAAGAAAAAGGAUGCGGCGGCCAUGGGAAAGUUUUUAACCGAACAUACGGUCAAGUCACAGAGAAAGGGGAUGAGCCUUCUCAAGAUUAUCCUGACAGCCUUGGUUACGGCUCUAUUGUCCUUCGGGGUGUUCCAGUACAUGGACACGCAGGUUCCAGAGGGAGUCACAGAGCUCUGGAGCGCACGGAUACUGGAUAGUUCACUCAGAUUCAACGGUAAAGCGAUACUGAGUCUCCACAACUUCGGUAUCACGGGCGGAGUCACGUGGUACACAAGGAAAUUAGUGGACGUUGUCCUAACAACCUUGAUUACCGGAAGUCCGUUUGGACUAGGAGCAGAUCCUGAAUUAAAGAUCUACGAUACUGAGUACGCCGGUGUAGGUGUACGGGUUUACGAGCCAGUCAAAGGGCCUCACACGGCUCGUCCCGCUCUGGUGUAUUAUCAUGGCGGGGGCUGGUCCUGGUUGUCCAUAGAUGUGUACGACCAGGCAACACGCGAGCUAGCCAAGCGGAUUGGAAUCGUUGUAGUUUCUGUGGCUUACAGACAGUCUCCAGAGCACCCGCAUCCGAUACCAUUUCACGAUUGUCUAGCAGUCACAGAGCACGUGCUAAAUAAUGGUAAACAACUAGGUAUCGAUGCCUCCCGCGUAGCUAUUUCCGGUGACAGUGCAGGUGGACAUCUCACCGCCGCUGUAGCCCUCCGCCUUAAAAAGAAAAUCAAAAUCCAAAUACCAAUAUAUCCGUGCCUUCAGCUUUUUGACAUGAAGACACCGUCUUAUGUUGAAAACAAGAACUACAUCCCCGGGAUGUUGAAUGACGUGUCGAUGUUGACAUACUGGCUUAACUAUGGAAACAUCAGCUACGAUCAUCUGGAGAAGAUCUUAAACAACCAGCACACAUCUCCGGCACUUAAAAAGUCCAAAUACGCCAAAUAUAUCGAUAAAAAAUGGCUGAUGAAGGAACAUAUACGAAAUCCAGAGUUAUACAAUGCUGAGAAACCGACAGACUUUGGAGACGAAGAGCUGUCGGCGAGCCUCGAAAAGACAAUUUUAGAUCCUUAUUUUUCGCCGUUGAUGGUGGAUGAUAAAGAAAACAUGGACUUGCCUUUGACCUAUGUGUUAACAGCCGGAUAUGACGUCUUACGUGACGAUGGACUCAUAUACUAUCAGCGUUUGAAAAAAGCAGGGGUUAAAGUUCAUCUCGCUCACUACCCCGACGGUUUUCACGGGAUGAUCUUCUUCUUUAAAGGCCCUAUGCCAUUUCAGGUAGGAAUACGAGCAAUGAACGAUUUAGUCAAUUUUCUGCAAAAACAUCUUUGAGUUAUGUUGGAAGCUUUAGACUAGAUUAUUAAAACUUUACGAUACUUGUUCUUGUGAAUAAUGCAUAUAUUUUUUUAAUAAAGAAUAGUUUUUUUUAUCAUUAAAAUGGAAAAUAUA